GCAAGGGUGGUAGUCACUGGGCUCUGCCCACCUGCCGCUAACCAGACCCCAGGCCCCUUCCCAUGGCAGAAGGGACCUUCCCCUUUACCUCUGCCACGCUGCGCGCUCUCCGCCUGCAGCGGGAGUGGCUGGAGUGGGAGGACAGGCGCAGGGCAGCAGCCCAGCUCUGCCGGAGCCAAAGGUGCCCCCCAAGUUCUCUGGCCCGACUCACUAGGCCUCGCCGCUCCUGCCGAGACCCAGCGGUCCACAAUGCCCUGUUCUCCGGCAACCUGCAACAGGUCCAAGCCCUGUUCCAAGACGAAGAUGCCGCCAACAUGAUUGUGGAGACUGAGAGCAACCAGCUGGCCUGGUCGCCUGAACAGGGGUUCUGGGUACUGACCCCCAAGACCAAGCAGACAGUGCCCCUCACUAUUGCUGCGGCCCGAGGCUAUACCGACUGUGCCCGCCACCUCAUCCGGCAGGGAGCUGAGCUGGAUGCCCGGGUUGGGGGCCGGGCUGCCUUGCACGAGGCAUGUGCCCAAGCCCACUCGGACUGUGUGCGGCUGCUGCUGACCUUCGGUGCCAAAGCCAAUGUGUUGUCUGAGGAAGGCACAACCCCCUUGCACCUCUGUACAGCGCCUGAGUCCUUACAGUGCGCUAAGCUGCUGCUGGAGGCAGGAGCUACUGUCAAUGCGGCUGCGAGGGACAGCGAGAUGACACCCCUGCAUGUGGCGGCGGCCCGCGGCCUGGAGGAGCACGUGGCUCUCUACUUGGCGCAUGGAGCCGACGUGGGGCUGCGCACCAGCCAGGGUGAGACGGCGCUGAACGCUGCUUGCGCGGGGGCCGAGGGCCCCGGCAAUGGCCGGAGGCACCAGGCUGUGGCGCGCCAGCUCCUGGAAGCUGGGGCUGAUGCCCGUGCGGCCGGGCGCAAGCGCCACACACCCCUGCACAACGCCUGUGCCAACGGCUGCGGGGCCCUGGCCGAGCUCCUGCUGCGCCACGGGGCCUGCGCUGGAGUCUCCAACGCAGCGGGCCACACGCCCAUGGACUGCGUGCUGCAGGCAGUCCAGGACACCCCCAACUGGGAGCCCGAGGUCCUCUUCGGGGCACUGCUGGACUACGGGGCCCAGCCAGUGCACCCUGAGAUGCUGAAACACUGUGCCAACCUCCCUCGGGCACUAGAAGUCCUACUUAAUGCCUACCCUUGUGUCCCAUCCUGUGAUACCUGGGUGGAGGAGCUGUGGCAGGAGCAUGAAGCCUUCUACAGCUCGGCCCUGGCCAUGGUGAACCAGCCGAGGCGGCUGCAGCACCUGGCCCGGCUGGCUGUGCGUGCUCAGUUGGGCAACCGCUGCCGACAGGCUGCCGACCGCCUCCCCCUGCCCCAGCUCCUCAGGGACUACCUGCUGCUGCGUGUGGAGGGACGCAUCCAGUGAGCACCAGGCCAGGCUGCCCCCACAGCUGGUCCUGCUUUCUCCAUCCAUCGUACUCCCCCCGCCCCAACCCUGGACGACCAGACCCUGGGCCUCUGUUUAUACUCCACCUCCCUCCACUGACUCCUUGAGACAACUGCUGACCAACCUUACC